UAAGAAAGACGUGACAAGCCAACCAAUAAACCAAAAGAAGAAAAAAGCUAAAACAACUGACACCGGAAAAAGAAAAUGUCACGGCUCGAGAACGAUCAUCCGCUUCUAACCGAGAGAAUCCACGAGGAGGAAGAGGAAGAAGAAACCGCAUACGAGGAGGCGGAGAAAGUCCACAUCGUGAGAGACGAGGACGACAACGAGAGAGACCUCGAGUACGGAGUCGGAUGCGGCGGCGCGCCGCCCUUCUCCUGGAGGAAGCUAUGGCUGUUCACCGGACCCGGGUUCCUGAUGAGCAUUGCCUUUCUCGAUCCGGGAAACCUCGAAGGCGAUCUCCAGGCCGGAGCCGUCGCGGGUUACUCGCUCCUCUGGCUCCUCAUGUGGGCGACGGCGAUGGGUCUCUUGGUCCAGCUUUUAUCGGCGAGGCUCGGCGUCGCGACGGGUCGUCACUUGGCCGAGCUUUGCCGGGAGGAGUAUCCGACUUGGGCGGGGAUGGUUCUGUGGGUUAUGGCUGAGUUGGCUUUGAUUGGAUCUGAUAUUCAGGAGGUCAUUGGGAGUGCGAUCGCUAUCAAGAUUCUGACCAAUGGGAUCUUGCCUCUCUGGGCUGGUGUCGUUAUUACAGCUCUCGACUGUUUCGUCUUCUUGUUUCUUGAGAACUACGGAAUAAGGAAACUGGAGGCGGUGUUUGCGGUUUUGAUCGGAACAAUGGCGGUGGCAUUCGCUUGGAUGUUCGGUCAAGCCAAGCCUAGUGGCUCUGAGCUUCUCGUUGGCAUACUGGUACCGAAACUGAGCUCAAGAACAAUACAAAAAGCAGUCGGAGUUGUGGGUUGCAUUAUAAUGCCACACAACGUCUUUCUUCACUCAGCUCUCGUCCAAUCCCGAGAAGUCGACAAACGGCAGAAGUACAGAGUCCAAGAAGCUAUAAACUACUACACAAUCGAAUCCACGAUCGCUCUCAUCGUCUCCUUCAUGAUCAACCUCUUCGUCACAACGGUCUUCGCCAAAGGGUUCUACAACACCGACCUGGCCGACAGCAUCGGCCUGGUGAACGCCGGUCAGUAUCUGCAGGACAAAUACGGAGGCGGGCUGUUCCCGAUACUGUACAUCUGGGGGAUAGGGCUGCUGGCCGCUGGACAGAGCAGCACCAUCACGGGCACAUACGCGGGACAGUUCAUCAUGGGAGGGUUUCUAAAUUUCAAGAUGAAGAAGUGGUUGAGGGCUUUGAUCACGCGUAGCUGCGCGAUCAUUCCAACCAUCAUCGUUGCUCUAGUGUUUGAUUCCUCUGAAGCUACGCUCGAUGUCUUGAACGAGUGGCUUAACGUGCUUCAGUCCAUUCAGAUCCCGUUUGCGCUUAUUCCGUUGCUGUGUUUGGUCUCCAAGGAACAGAUCAUGGGUAGUUUCAAAAUCGGUCCUUUGUAUCAGACAAUCGCUUGGCUUGUUGCUGCGCUUGUGAUAAUGAUAAACGGUUAUCUGUUGCUCGAGUUCUUCUCCUCGGAGGUUACUGGCGUCCUCUAUACAGGUUUCGUGACUAUGUUCACGGCUUCGUAUGGUGCGUUCAUAGUCUACCUGAUUGCUCGUGGCAUUGAUUUUACUCCGUGGCGCUCUAAAGCAGAGUCUAGUCGAUGAGAAUGUGUGGAUCAAACCAGAGAAUGUAGCUCUGUUGUGUGUGUUUCGAUCAUUUUGUUUUUUGUAUUAUAUAUGUAUCAUAAAAAGAAGGCUCUUCUAUGUAUAAGUAGAUAAGCCCCCAGAGAUGAGAGAAUUGAAUAAAGAUGUUUUCACAAUC